AUGGACUACCCGGACACCUUUGCUGGCCUAUCGCUGGCUAUUGUCGAGGCCGGAGUAGACCCAGAGUUCUUGCCGCAGCUUGAAGAGCAGGGAGUGCGUAGCGUGAGCGGGGCAAUGGGUGCCCUAAUGUCAAGCCGACUGCCGCCCGAGCUGUCGACGGCGAUCCAGGCAGCGCUGGUAUUUGCGCUUGGCCCCGAAAGAGUCCCCGAUGCAGCGCGACAGGCUGCAGUGGAGGCACCGCCGACAAAGGUGCGGAGGACGGACCUUCAUGUUGCGAGGCCGUCUAGAGCAGGAUCCCUUUCCAAAGCCUUGGCGUCUGCCUGCCCAGCCGCACGGCAAGAGACACUCAAUCGAUUCAACCGGGAUUUGUGGGCCCCGAGCAACCAGAAGCCGCAACAGGCUCGAUGGAAGACCUGGAGCAAAGUUUGCGAGGCGUGGGGCAUUCCGGCUCUUCCAUUGACGGUGGAUGGCGUGGAGAAGGUUUCCGCAUCCCUGAAGGAAGGUGGAUAUCGCUCAGCCAGGCAAUAUUUCGCCAGUGCCCGGCGUGAGCAUGUUCUCCAGAUGAAAGCAGAAGUGCCACCGGAAGUCCUGCUCAAGAUGAGGGGUGCCAUUCGGUCAAUAGAACGUGGGCUUGGCGGUCCUGCGCUCAAGGACGGGUUUCGUGUUGAGGACCUAGUGUUGCCGCUCCCUUCAGACCAAGUUCCUACGGCCAAGAGACAGGCCGUGACAGUUGUUAUUUUGGGGUGUUGGUUCUUGAUGAGAGAGAUCGAGAUUGCCGCCGUCCGAAACAAGCAUUUCACCGUCGAUGUUGAAAGGCAAGAAGUGGCUUUUACCCUGGCAUCUAGCAAAACUGACCAGCAGGGCAAUUUAGUACAACGGAAACAUCAGUGCUAUUGCUCAUAUGUCCCUGCGCACUUGUGCCCGUUUCACACGGCUUUGGCCUUCGAGAAGAUUCGCCCAAAGAACCCGGAGGCCCCAUUGUUUGUCAGUGCCCAUGGAGACGAGCUGACCAAGCAGGAGUCUAUUGCGUUGAUCCGGAAGGUGCUUGCAGAUAGCCACGUUGCACUGCGACGCGCUGGAGCGCCAGGACAGUCCUCUGUUGAGCGCUUUGGGGGCCACGUGCUGCGCGUCUCCGGCGCGCAGUUCCUUGCCAGACGCUUCGUCCCGCUGCCCACCGUCAUGCUGCUCGGUAGGUGGGGUAGCCGUAGUGUCGAAAGGUAUGUGCAAGAAGCUGCGUUGGAGUGCAGCAUUUUUGGAGACGAGCAAGCGGCAAUGGGCCGCCCUGUUGGCAUGUUGUCGAAGCCGGCAAAGCGUGAUGGUGGCUCGGGCACGGCGAAGGACCAAGCAGCCGAGUUCGUCAAGCAAUUGGAAAUCCUUUCGGCGCAGAUCGAAGCCUUGCAGGCCCGACCGUUGUUAGUAGUUGGAAAGAGGGCGCAUGCCAGGGACCCACAUGAAUUGGACAAGCUCCCGAUUCAAUGGACUACGGCUUGUGGUUGCUGGAGGUAUGGUUGCGCUGCUUUCGUGCGAGCUGGAGAGGAUCACCCAGCGGUCCGCUGCCGCCGCUGUUUUCCGACAUGUGCGCCGGAUGCCAGUGACAACAGUGAAUCUGAAAACUCAGUCAUGGCCGAGGCGACGCCUGCGUUGAUGCAGGGCAUGCGCGAGGCCGGCUUGGCCGACAAUGUGCAGCAGUACAUCAUCAGCCGGGAUAUAAAGUCGAUUGAAGUCCUGGCCUCCAUUGCCAACAAGGUGGAAGAAGUUGACGAGGUCUUGGUCGAGCCGCUCGCGUCCACCUUUCGCCUCCCCAGUGGCUCCGAGAUCAAACUGGGCAAGCUUGAGAUUCCUGUCGUCAAAGCCAAGCUUCGUUUUCUAUGGCGCAAGUGUCAUCAAGAGUGCAACCCUGCAGGCCAGCAGUCAGCGACGUCGUCAUUGCCAGUCGCAGCGACCUCUGCUCCAAAGUCGUCAGCCAAAGAGCUUCCAAGCGGGUACUGGCAGCAGCAGGUGGCCAAGUUCGAGGCGGUGAAGAUCGGUGUCGAAGCGAGGAAAUUUCCCCAGGAGAAACUUUUAGGUGCAGAAGCUGUGAUUGCACGAGUCGUUCAUGAGAUGCGCACCGAGAGCCACACAGCAAUUGGUUUGCAUGAGAUCGUACAGUCAAAGUACUUCGACGCUGCCGGAAACCCCAACCCCCUGAGCGCAGCGAAGAAAAAGAGCAAGUCGCAGGCAGCCAUCUUGACUCUCAACGCCGACUACCAGAUCGAAACUGAGGGUGAGAUGCCGUGGCAACCAAAGAGCGUGCUUGCUUUCAUAGAUUGCUUGGAGUCCAUCCGCCUUCUCAUGAUCUUAGUGGAGCUGGGGAGUGAGGCUGCUGUCGAGCGGUAUUUCGACUGGUUUGAAAAGCAAGUGCGUUCCAGAUCACACAAGCUUGAGCAGUUGCGAGUUUAUUGGGAAACCACGUCAUGGCGAAUUGCUCUCGCGCUGAGGGCCAAGCAGACUUUCAAGGCCAUCACGGAGGAAAUCAUCCUCGACAACCAGGCCCUCCAGGACGCUGUUUCGAAGGAGUAUGCCCCCGUGGAGAAGUUCGGCCGCGCGCAGCGCCUUCAGUGGGAAGGCAAGGGCAAGGGCAAGGGCAAGACGAAAGCCCGUGGCAGCAAAGGCUCGUGGGACAAGCGCUAUGAUCGUUAUGACCGGUAUGAUCGUUCUGACUCCUGGAGUUGCUAUUGCUGGCCUUGCCUUCUUUGCGUUGUCAUGUCCGCUUGGCCGUUGAUGCUGCGCAACGCUGGUGUGCCUGAUGCGCUGGCUGAUGUUGUUGCGGCGAAGUAUGUCACAAGUCAACUUUUCUUUCAUGCGUUUCGGAGUUUGGAAAAGCUGGAUGCUUAUGCCCACGCUGCUCUGGUUGCGGCCAAGUUCGCCUUGAGAGCAGUGUGGUGUGAAUUGAAGGACUGCAAAACUCCUUCGUCUGGUUCUCAGAGUGUGGCUGAGUCAUCUCAGCAGUUGGCGUUGCCUUUCUUACAACUUUCCUCACGCAUGUCGGCUGGUGACCGGCAUCAGUUGGUUGAGAAGUUCGAGAAGAAUUAUCCUGGUGUGUUUAUCUCUGACAUGACGUUGCCGGGGUUACAGCUCUUGCAGUCGGUGCGGGCGCAGUGUACAAGUCGCUCCUGGGAGUGGAUCUCCUGGAGGAAGAUCCUCAGCGAGGAUGCCAUUCAGCGCAUGCGAGAAAAGAAAAAGUCAGCCAAGCCGAAAGAUGCUUGGGAAUAUCUGGCUAUGAGCAAUGGCUGGGAAGCAGAAGAGGUUGAAGACGAUGGUGCGUCUCCUUUUCGAGUGGAAAAAUUGCUUGGAGUGCGCGCCAAUGCCUAUGUUCUUUGCGGUUGCGGGCACCCCUACAGCUGGGCGCAAUACAAUGCGCAGUUUAUGGCCCUUUACACAGAGCCGCCUGCUGAAGGUUAUCGGCUUCCAACCGUAAAGGAGGCUGAGGAGGCAGAUCGGCAAGUGAUGGGUGAUGUGUUCAAGCUGCUGUACAAGGGGGAGCAGCCUGAUGAUGCUUUGCAGACAGUUGUGAAGGAGCGGACUGCCUUCGUCGCCUUCUCUUUUGCCCGCCGAAAGGCAACAAAGGGGGUAGGCAAGGGCAAGGAUAGAGACUUCACGGGGAAGCCAAAUCCUAAGAGGCCUCCCUUGCGGCGUCGUGUGAAUGCGGGUGACAGUGUGCCGGAGAAGAGGUUGAAGCGCUCUUUGUGUGACGCCUUCCAGAAGCACAAGUGCAAGUUUUCAGCUGAGGAUUGCAGAUUCGCUCAUCGCUGUCAGCUUUGUUGGAGGGAGGAUCACGGUGCUGAUUUUUGCUCUGGGAAGUAG